AUAGGAACUUUACUUUGUAAGAAAUCUUAUUAGUAAACUGAAACCUUUACUACUAACCAGUCAUGUGAAGCUAAUUUUCCAUUCCCUAUAGCAACAGGCACUCAAAGACCAAUCCAAAACCAAGUCAUUUGCCGCAAUUUCCUAUGUUUAUUCAGCAUCUUUAUCACUGUUUCUUCCUUUUCCCUUCUCUUUUGACGAGCGAAAAUGGGUUAAAGACAAACAAGUAUCUAGGAAACACAAAAAAGAGAACUUGAGAACUUGUUUUGAGAGUCGGGGCAGGGUUGGCACAGGAAACUGUGGCAGAGGAUUUCAAUUCCUAAAUUGUUUUGAGAGUCGGGGCAGGGGAUUUUGAUUUCUCAAAGACCAAUGAAACGAAAACAGGUGAAUGAAUGAUAUUAAACGGUUGCGUUUAAUGAACAACCUAUUUUCGCGGGCUUUGAUUGCCUCCUCCAACAUCCAACGGCUAUCCUCUGACAAACGAAAAUUUAAAAUUCCGUAACUGAACAAUCGCGUUCCCUGAUUCACUUUAAACUCCCACAUUCAACAGUUUUUCUUUUGUAUUUGGCUUCGAUCAUUCACCUCCAAACCUCAUACACUUACAGAGAAAAACAGUGAAAAGAUAAACAGAAAAGGAGUCUUUGGCAAGUUAGGUAGCCUUUUGACACUCAACAGAGCAGGGCUAAGAAUUCUCCUCUGUUUACUUGUAAUCCCAUUUUCAGGUUUUCCUUCUUCAUUUCACGACUCUUAUAUUCUUCACGGGUUUUUUUUUUUUUUUGCCAAAUAAAAUGGCUUAUGUUUUUCCCAUUAAAUGUUUUUCCUUUCCUUCUUUAUUCAUGCAAUCGUGUCCCUGAGUUUGUCUUGGUUAACAUGGUUUACUUAGACUCCUGAAGAAUCAUUGUAAAAGAAGAUAACCAAGAAUCUUUAGAAGUUUAUUCAUAAAAGGGAGGGUUGUUUGCAAAAUUCUUGCAAAGAUGAAUGAUCUAAUGACAAAUUCGUUUGUAAGUUAUGUGGAACUUAAGAAGCAGGCACAGAAAGACCUGGAAGCCGAUCUUGAUAUAGAAGAAGGCCAAGGCCAACUCAACCCCGCAGAUGAAAAAAACCUCUCUCAGUUCUUCGAAGAAGUGGAAUCAAUCAAGAUCACGAUGGAAGAGAUUACCAAUCUCGUGUUUGAUCUUCAAGCCCUUAAUGAAGAAACUAAGUCCAGUCACAGCGCCAAAGUUCUUCGAGGGUUGAGAGAGCGAAUGGAGGCAGACACGGUUUUUAUUCUUAGAAAAGCAAAGAUUGUCAAGACAAGGCUUGAAUCACUUGACAGAUCCAAUGUAACCAAUAGGAGAUUGUCAGAAGCGUAUAAAGAAGGGAGUUGUGUUGAUCGAACCCGGAUGUCGGUUACCAAUAGUUUGAGGGUUAAGCUUCGGCAAAUGAUGAAUGAUUUUCAGGCCUUGAGGGAAAAGAUGAUGUUGGAUCACAAAGACGAUCUCAAGAGAAGAUACUAUAAUGCCACUGGAGAGUUACCGAGUGAAGCCGUGCUUGAAAAGAUGGUUUCAGGCGGUGAAAAAGAUCAAUUAUUUGCAGAGAAAGUGGAAAAGGAUUUAAGGAGCAAGGAAAGGCAUGAGGCUAUGUUGGAUAUUCAGAGAAGUUUGCAAAGGCUGCAUCAGGUGUUCCUUGACAUGGCUGUUCUUGUUGAGGCACAAGGUGAAAACAUGGAUAAUAUUGAAGAACAUGUGGCCAAUGCAGGUAAUUUUGUCUGUGGUGGAACCAACAGCCUUUACUAUGCAAAUCAAAUGAAGAAGAAGAAGAAGGCAUGGGUGUAUUGGGUUUGGGCCGUUGGGCUGAUUGUACUUCUAGUUUGCAUUAUUUCCAUGUUAGCUUCUUGAGAAGCACAAGAUCAGGCAAAGUUUUGGGCACUUUUGAAGGGGUUCAAGGUCUGUAAAUUCGUUCAUCUAAUUGUCUUUUGAUCAAAUUUCUUUCAGUUACUCUGACUGAGACAAUGUUUUGCGUCUUGUUGUCUGACAUUAAUGUCCAUCGACUUGCUUCGUUGAGUUGCUGUCUGUCUGUUCUCCUUUCUGGUUUUUGGGUCUCUUAAGAUUGAUCACUCUUCUGUAACA